AUGCUAGUAAUAUUGGCUUUGCUCUACAUCGGCGGCGUGCUGGCUGCUGAAAGUGAUAAGUACACAACAAAAUACGACAACGUUGACGUGGAAGCUGUCAUUCGGAACGAACGUUUGACUAAAAACUACGUCGGUUGUCUCCUUGACCUCACGCCCUGCACGCCAGACGGUUCAGAGCUCAAAAAAAAUCUUCCGGACGCUUUGGCAACGAAUUGUGCGGGGUGCAGCACCGCGCAAAAGAACGCAGCGGACAAAUUCUCGCAACAUCUGAUCGACCAAAAGCCAGAAGACUGGAAGCUCCUCGAGGCAAAGUACGACCCCACGGGUGCUUACCGACUGCACUAUCUCGAAGAACAGUCCAAGAACAGUACCGAAGCUGAACGUUAACAUGUUCGGUUAUCAUUUGAGGACCAGCUGCUGGGUGUUGGAACUUCCUUCUGCCGUCUUAUCGAUCAACGAAAUCGAGACUCGGAUCCGAGUCAGUGCCGGAAGCAGUAAAGAGUAACCGUAGGGUGAAGGGAUGACAGUUUGGCAGAGGGUCGCGCCUGAUAGAGUAGAUAGAGAUGGGUAAAAUUUAUAUGCAUGUCAUGUACACUAGAGUACAAGGUAUCACAUAUCGCUGAGGUUGCAAGAUCAUACUUUUCAUAAAGAUUGUAGCAAAUUCAGCCACAGCUGCUGGUUCAAGAGAUUAAGAAACUAGUGUCAUUAAAUCAUACACCAUAAACUACGAUUUGGUUUCAAUUGUCCACUAUUUGGUCCUAAAUUUCUGAAUUGGCUCCAAAAAAAAGUCCCAUAGAAAUUCACGUCGGCAAUUUCAAUACCGAAUUUUUUACAGUGUAGCCCAACAUAUGAGCUUGCGAAUCACGCAACGGUUUUCUUUGGCUGUGUUUGCCUGAAAUUGUUGUCAAUAUUGAAUCCUGUAAGAUUUAUUUUCUAAUAAUAAAAUCUCUAAGUAUA